AGUGAUGGAGGAGAGACAUCGAUGGAGACACAGAUGGAGAAACUGAUGAACUCAUUAAAGAUGUGGCUUCAGUCACAAGAUUCAAGAGAAAGAGAAGAUGAAGUGAGGAUUGUUCUUCUGGGAAAAACUGGAGUUGGGAAGAGUUCAACUGGAAACACCAUCUUAGGAAGAGAAGUUUUCAUAUCAGACUUUUCUGAAGAAUCUGUUACUAAAGAGUGUCAGAGAGAAACAUCUGAAAUCAAUGGCAGACACAUUACUAUGAUCGACACUCCAGGACUGUUUGAUACUGAUCUCAGUAAUGAAGAAAUACAGAGAGAAAUCAGAAACUGCAUCCCAAUGAUCCUGCCUGGACCACAUGUGUUUCUCUUACUGAUACCAUUGGGACGAUUCACUCAAGAAGAAGCAAAAUCAGUGGAGAUCAUUCAAGAGAUGUUUGGUGAAAACUCUUUAAUGUACACCAUAGUGCUCUUCACCAGAGGAGAUGAUCUGAAUGAAAAAACUAUUGAACAGUAUCUGGCAGAUCCUGGAUCUGGCCUUGAAAACCUGAUUGAUGAGUGUGGAAACAGAUUCCAUGUGUUCAAUAAUAAAGAGACUAGAGACCGAACACAGGUGACUGAACUACUCCAGAAGAUAGACAACAUGGUGAAAGAGAACGGAGGGAGUUACUACUCAUGUAAGAUGUUCAGAGAGAUGGAGAGAGAAAUACAGAAGAAAAUACUGAUGGAGAGCGUCAGAGAAAGAGAAGAAGAGAUGAAAGAGAUGAAGAUGAUCAUGGAGAAAGAAAGACAGAAUUAUGAGAGAGAGAAAAAGAGAAAAGAAGAAGAACUUAGAGAGAGAGAAGAACAAUAUAAAAGAGAGAUUAAAGAAAGAGAGGAACAAAAAAGAAAGAUUCGAGAGGAGCUGAAGAGAGAACGAGAGGAAUGGGAGAAACAAAUACAACAGGAAAGACAAAGAAGAGAAGAAGAGGAAGAGAAAUGGAGAAAUAUAGUUAAGGAAACACGUGAUGAAUAUGAUCAGAAACUUAAACUAGAGAGAGAGAGAAGUGAGAGAAAGGAAGAAGAACUUCAGUUCAAACACGAAGAAGAGAAAGAGAGAAUGAAGAUAGAGAUGGAGAAAAAAACACAGAAUUAUGAGAAAGAGAAAAAGAGAAUAGAAGAAGAAUUUAGAGAGAGAGAAGAACAAUAUAAAAGAGAGAUUAAAGACAUAGAGGAACGAGACAGAAAGAUACGAGAGGAGCUGAAGAGAGAACGAGAGGAAUGGGAGAAACAGAAACAACAGGAACGACAAAAAGAAGAAGAGGCAUUUAGAGAGAGAGAAGAACAAUAUAAAAGAGAGAUUAAAGAAAGAAAGGAACAAGAGAGAAAGAUACGUGAGGAGAUGGAGAGACAACAAGAGGAAUGGGAAAAACAGAAACAACAGGAACGAAAAAGAAGAGAAGAAGAGGAGAAAGAAAGAGGUAGAUUCUUUUAACUUUAUACAGAAACUCAUUUGAACUUUAUACAGAACUUUAUACAGAGGCUCAGCACACUAACUGUAAGUCAAAACAAUAACCAACUCAUU